AUGCGCCCGAAAUAUUCUUUAUAUGCCCUCUCCCUUUUUGCUUUCUUUCAUCAAAUCUCGAGUCAAAACACGUCUCAACCAAAAGAUCUUUACGUGGCUCUGGGAUCAUCUGUGGAGUUGCCCUGUGUGGACGGAAGGACUGAUGGAUCAGAAUGGAGGUUAAACGGAUCGUUCCUGGUCUCAAGCCCUGUUUUUCGCUUGCACAACUCCAGCAUUGACGAUCAGGGCUUCUACACAUGCCACGACUCAAAUGGAGAAAUCGUUGAAUCAGUACGGUUGCAGCUAGGCUAUCCUCCAUCCAUACCAGACGUCCAAUGCUGGUCGCCAAGUUAUCCCCUAAAAGCCUUGUGCUCAUGGACUCUGCCGCAAGACCCGAUACUGCCAACCUAUUACAUCUCAACCUACAGGUAUCUUGAAGAUAUCUAUUCCUGCCAGAGACAGAGCAAGUGGGACAGGCAAUGUGUUCUCGAAGGACGGGAUAUCUUCUUGAAAGUGUCGUACCUGGUUAACAUCACAGCUGUCAACGCUCUCGGGAGCGCAAGCCAUGUCCUGCCUGUCAUUUUUGAGGACAUUAUCAAACCUGACCCCCCUGUCAACGUGAAGGUGACGGCUUUACCAGGCAAGAAGCUCCAUGUGCAGUGGGCUCCUCCACCAACAUGGCCAGACCCUGUGAUCUUCCCCCUGAAAUACAAAGUGCAGUUCCAGUGGGGAUAUGAUAAUAUAGCAAGCGUUAUGGGUCCCGUUGAGUCGGAAAGCUUGGUUCGGAGUGGAGUCCUGCCCGGACGGAUGUAUCAUAUCCGUGUAUCUGUUAUGGACUUCCUAGGUUAUGGUCAGAGCAGCGACUGGAGCGAUGCUGUGAACAUCACUUUGCCCAGGAGCCUACCCAAACCCACUUAG